AUGCCAGCAACAUCAGAAGCAAUUCCAAUACAGUCUACUGCUGCUGAAGCGCAAUUAAGUGCGGACGAUUUCGUUUCGUGCUGUAUACCUGAAAACGACAGUUAUCCUCUUGAUUUAUUUGACGAUUCUUCAUACUUGGAUAUGUCACAUCAUCUGCAAGGUGUUGAGAAUGAUGUUCCUUCGGCUGCUUCAGUAUUCAUACAUCAUGCAAAUGGGACGGAUGUAGUACCCAUUGGCUUCCUUCCGGGUGAAGUAUUGGAUUCAAAUAUGGACACUGGCUCUGGUACCGUCUACAUAACGAAUUACCGAAUUAUUAUAUUGGAGCGUAUAAAAAAUGCCGUCGCAGUCAUUCCACUUUUGAGUGUUGAUACAGUAGAAUUUUGGUCAGGUGAUCCAUAUGGAUUGCAAAUUGCUUGCAAGUAUGGUCGAAUAUUCAGACUGAGGUGUGCUAGCGAUGUACAAGUUGAGUUGCACAAAAGAUUGCAAAAAGCGACCUACAAUAUUGCGACAAGCAAUGUAUUUGCUUGGCAGUUUGCUAAAGCAACAAAAGUUCAUUUCCCCAAAUGGCUUCGGCUUCAUUGCAAUGAAGUAAAAGACAUAGAAUGUUCAGUGGAAAACGAAUUCAUAAGACUUAAUUUUAAUCGUCGUCAUUGGAGAAUUUCAAGAGCUAAUACCAAUUAUUUAUUGUGUGCAACAUAUCCAAAAUCAGUGAUAGUUCCGAAAGACAUAACAGAUGAUGAACUACGCGAAGUGUGUGCUGCUAGAAAUAAUGCUCGUUUUCCUGCUGCGGUAUGGUGUUGUACGAAAUAUCGGUCGGUUCUGUUGCGUAGCAGUCAACCAUGUUGUGGUAUUUUCAAUUAUCGUUUUCCUCUCGAUGAAAAACUGUUAGAACUGGCAAGAAAAGCUGUUAAUGGUGGACCAUCGUCUCGAAAGUUGCUGAUUGUAGAUUGUCGUUCAUAUACUGCAGCUUUGGCAAACAGAGUAGUGAAGGGCGGUGGAGCUGAAUCGGAAGAAUAUUACCAGCAAACUGAAGUUAUAUUCUGUGGUCUAGCAAAUAUUCAUGAAAUUCGCAGCAGUUUUCAUAAGCUGCGUACUAUUCUUGCUGGUCCUCAAGAUCACAAUACAAUGUUGCAAUCAAUUCAGUCUACUUUCUGGUUGCAGCAUCUUAUAAGCCUUAUUGAUACGGCUCAGAGAUGUGUCAAAGCACUUGUCGAUGAUGGACGUUCAGUUUUAGUCCAUUGCACUGAUGGCUGGGAUCGAACUACUCAAAUUGUAGCUCUCACGAAAAUAAUUGCUGAUCCAUAUUACAGGACUUUUGAGGGUUUCAAAAUUUUGAUUCUUCGAGACUGGAUUGAUUUUGGUCAUAAAUUUGCUGAUCGCAAUGGUACUCGUAGUAGUGUAAGUGGGGAGUCGUCGCCAGUUUUUUUGCAGUGGCUAGAUUGUGUUCAUCAGUUACAUCUCUUGUUUCCUGAUGCUUUUCAGUUCACAUUAAGUUAUUUGACCAAACUAGCUCUUCAUUGUUAUUCCGGAUUGUUUGGGACAUUCCUCUGGAACAGCCAGUCUGAAAGAGAAAACUGGAAUAAGGAAAACGGAGACAAAGAGACACUCUCAUUGUGGUCGUUCUUGGAUGAGUCUAAGCCAGAAUAUUGCAAUGUUAUUUACAAUUCUGGAAAAAGUAACGGAAGGUUGCACACAUCCUUGCAUGUUGAAGAUCUCAGUGUUUGGAAACAACUUUAUGUUGGACCGUGUAUCGAAAAACUGAUCAACGAACCGGGAUCAAAUUCAAGAAUAGAUGCAAGUGAUCACUGUGAUGUGGAUCGUUUAAGCUUGAAUAAAGCUCAUUCUGCUGAGAGUCUUACUAAUGUUGAUGCUAUUACAAAUCAGGGAUCUGCGAAUGCACCACAUUCUGGAAAUGCACAACCUCAGUUUCACAAUAGCACUACUCAUACAUCAUCAGUUUCGAGUGAAACAGAUUAUGCGCGGCCCGAUGAUAGUGAUUUGUCUUUUACAGUGUAUCGCGAAAGAGAUCGUACUGCUAUUGCUAAAGAAGUAGAUUUUGAUGGUCUGACGAAAGUCCUAGAAGUGCGUGAAGAAAAAACUCGUGAAAAAGUUGAAAAACUUCAGGAACGUAUCAAUAUGUUACAAGAAAGGCUCGGGCAGCUGAGAACUGAUGAUGUGCGGAAAGUGAGUUCUGGUGUUAGUGGCGAGUCAUCUGGGACGGACUUGAAAGUAUUAGAAGAUAGUAGCAGUGCAUCUUGUUCGGUAGAGUCAGUGCUUUCAAAUAUGUCAGUCGUUGAAAAGGAAGAUGUUGCUGAUAUUUCUUAUGGUUCAAAAGGGUGGUUGAUAGAUGAAGCUUCGCAAAAAUGCAUGUAUUGUCAGGGGGCUUUCUAUUACAUAAGUAACCGGAGACAUCACUGCAGGAACUGCGGAGGUAUAUUUUGUUCCUCAUGUUCGAGACGUACAUUUUUUCGAGUUUACGAAAAUAAGGGUGGAAAUGUGCGCGUGUGCAUCAAGUGCUAUGAAUUUAUGACGAAAUCUCGAUCAGACGAUUUGGAAAAAGUAGAAUUGGAGGAAUCGAAAGAACUGGAACAAAGUUCUAAAGACGAUGGAAGGAUGAACAUAGUUGAACUAGCAUCGGAAGAAGAGGAGAAUGGUGAUAGUGGUGAGUCAGGGUUGUAUUGA